GGAGGAAGAGGAGGAGUAUAGAGCGUUGCUUUCUGAUGAUGAAGGAUCGUUUCAGUGUUCAGUGGCGCCGUGACGCUCAGCAGGAUGCUCUGUAGUCUGGUGCGCACUCCUCUGUCUCCAGCUCUCCUCCACACCGAGCACCAUGAUGGAAGAAGAGCCUAACUGAUGCUCAGCCUCGAUGUGUCUGUCCUCCGGUUCGGUCCGGGAGCUGAUGAAUUUUAAAGCGAACCCCGGACCUCCGUCUCUCGCCCUCUGAAGACCCCCUCCACCCCCUGCUGGAGCCGCGUUUUCACCGAGCCGAGAGGACCGCGGCGGGACCGGGAAGUCUUCAGACAAGAGGCAAAUUAUGCCAGCAGCAUCGGAGCCUCUCGCCCUGGUGACGUGCCAGCUCGUUGGUCAGACUACUCUGCCCUGCUUUUGCCUCCUCGUCUACCCUGGCAGAUCCAUGCUGCUGGAUGCUCCUCAAAGAGCCACUCCCGCACUAUGAGCGCCAACGGGCCAGCCCCAGAACCCACCCCCACAGCCCCAGAGGCCCCUCCCACCUCCACCCCAGUGGCUGCCCCGGCCCCAGCUUCGACAGCACCGCCUCCUCUAGCUCCACCUGCCCCGACGUCCUCUACCAUACCGGUAGGCGCUUUGGCACAGAAGAAACGGCAGCAGUAUGCCAAAAGCAAGAAGCAAGGGAGUAACGCCAACAGCAGGCCGCCGAGGGCUCUUUUCUGCCUCAACCUCAACAACCCAUUACGUAGGGCCUGCAUCAGCCUGGUGGAGUGGAAGCCAUUUGAUAUCUUUAUAUUAAUAGCUAUUUUUGCCAACUGCAUGGCCUUAGCUGUCUACAUCCCUUUUCCUGAAGACGAUUCCAACUCCACAAACCACGACUUGGAAACAGUUGAAUAUGCCUUCCUGAUCAUUUUCACAAUAGAGACCUUCCUGAAGAUUAUUGCUUAUGGUUUGGUGAUGCACCAGAAUGCAUAUGUGAGAAACGGCUGGAACAUGCUGGAUUUCGUCAUUGUGGUUAUUGGACUCUUCAGUGUUGUCUUAGAAUUUUUGACCAAAGAUGAGAAGGGAGAUGGCCCCGAAGCUAGCACCCAUCCAUCGCCGCACGGCCAUGGAGGUAAGCCCGGUGGAUUUGACGUUAAAGCCCUUCGAGCCUUCCGUGUGCUGCGACCCCUGCGGCUGGUCUCAGGAGUACCCAGUUUACAGGUGGUGUUGAACUCCAUCAUCAAAGCCAUGGUUCCUCUGCUGCACAUCGCCCUCCUUGUCUUGUUUGUCAUCAUCAUCUACGCCAUUAUUGGCCUGGAGCUUUUCAUCGGUAAAAUGCAUGCGACCUGCUACAUAGUUGGCACAGAUUUGAUAGGAGAAGAAGAAUCAGCUCCAUGUGCGAUCUCAGGGCACGGGCGUCAAUGCGCCAUCAACGGCACAGCGUGCAGAGAAGGCUGGCAAGGCCCCAACGGUGGUAUCACCAACUUUGACAACUUUCUGUUUGCCAUGCUGACGGUGUUUCAGUGUAUCACCAUGGAGGGCUGGACUGACGUGCUGUACUGGAUGAACGAUGCUAUGGGCUUUGAGCUUCCGUGGGUCUACUUUGUCAGUCUUGUGAUCUUCGGCUCCUUUUUCGUUCUUAACCUGGUUUUGGGUGUGUUGAGUGGAGAGUUUUCCAAGGAGAGAGAGAAGGCCAAAGCUCGUGGAGACUUUCAGAAGCUGCGGGAGAAGCAGCAGCUGGAGGAGGACCUGAAGGGUUACCUGGACUGGAUCACUCAGGCUGAAGACAUCGACCCUGACAACGAGGAUGAGACUGAUGAAGGGAGCAAGCGUAAUCGGGUGACUCUGGCUGACCUCACUGAGAAGAAGAAGGGAAGGUUUGGGUGGUUCAGCCAGUCGUCCGACACUCAUGCGAGCGUUCCAGCCAGCGAAGCUGAAUCUGUGAACACGGAGAAUCAGAACGAAGAGGUGGAUGAAAAGACACCGUGCUGUGGCCCUCUGUGUCAAAAGAUCUCAAAGUCAAAGUUCAGCCGGCGCUGGCGCCGCUGGAACAGAUUCUGCCGUAGGAAGUGCCGUUUGGCUGUCAAGUCGGUGCCCUUCUAUUGGCUGGUGAUCAUUCUGGUGUUCCUGAACACCCUCACCAUAUCAUCCGAGCAUUACAACCAGCCUCUGUGGUUAACCCAAGUGCAGGAUGUAGCUAACAAGGUGCUGCUUGCCCUGUUCACAUGUGAAAUGUUGGUGAAGAUGUACAGUCUCGGGCUCCAAGCCUAUUUUGUUUCCCUCUUCAACCGCUUUGAUUGCUUCGUUGUGUGUGGAGGAAUAACUGAAACCAUUCUGGUUGAGCUGGAAAUCAUGUCCCCUCUUGGGAUUUCUGUGUUCCGCUGUGUCCGAUUGCUGAGGAUCUUCAAGGUCACCCGUCACUGGCAGUCUCUGAGUAACCUGGUGGCUUCUCUGCUCAACUCCAUGAAGUCCAUUGCUUCUCUGCUGCUGCUGCUCUUCCUCUUCAUCAUUAUCUUCUCCCUGCUGGGCAUGCAGGUGUUCGGUGGAAAGUUCAACUUUGAUGAAACACAGACUAAGAGGAGCACCUUUGACAACUUUCCCCAAGCCCUUCUCACUGUGUUUCAGAUCCUGACCGGAGAAGACUGGAAUGUUGUUAUGUAUGACGGGAUCAUGGCAUACGGCGGCCCCUCCUCCUCUGGGAUGGUCGUGUGCUUUUACUUCAUCAUUCUUUUCAUCUGUGGAAACUAUAUCCUCCUGAAUGUCUUCUUGGCUAUUGCUGUGGACAACUUGGCAGAUGCUGAGUCUCUCAACACAGAUGAAGGAGACAAGAAAGGGGACAAAAAAGAUGAUGAUGACAAUAAUGACAAGGAUGAUGAGGAUGAGGACAACGAUGACAAUGCAGGAGAUGAGGAAGACCCAGAAGUUCCAUCGGGGCCUCGGCCGGUCAUCGCCGACCUGGUAAAGAAGGAAAAGAUCAUUCCUAUCCCAGAGGGAAGUGCCUUCUUCAUCUUCAGUAACACGAACCCGGUGCGUGUGUUUUGCCACAGACUCAUCAAUCACCACAUAUUCACCAACCUCAUCCUGGUGUUCAUCAUGCUCAGCUCGGUCUCGCUCGCUGCUGAGGAUCCGAUACGAAACUUCUCUGCCCGCAACAUUAUACUUGGUUACUUUGACUAUGCUUUCACCGCUAUCUUUACUGUUGAGAUCGUUUUGAAGGUCCUAGGCUAUGCAGAUUAUGUCUUCACUAGUAUGUUUACAUUUGAGAUCGUAUUGAAGAUGACAACAUAUGGAGCUUUUCUCCACAAAGGAGCAUUCUGCAGGAAUUACUUCAACCUCCUGGACCUGUUGGUGGUUGGAGUUUCCCUUGUCUCCUUUGGUAUUCAGUCUUCAGCCAUCUCUGUGGUGAAGAUUCUUCGAGUUCUCAGAGUGCUUCGACCCCUGAGGGCCAUCAACAGGGCCAAAGGCCUUAAACAUGUUGUGCAGUGCGUCUUUGUGGCGAUCAGAACCAUCGGUAACAUCAUGAUUGUUACCACGCUGCUUCAGUUCAUGUUUGCUUGUAUAGGUGUGCAGCUAUUCAAGGGAAAAUUUUAUCGCUGCACAGAUGAAGCCAAGUCCAGCCCAGUGGAGUGCAAGGGCACCUUCAUCCUGUAUAAGGAUGGAGAUGUGAACCAGCCAACGGUCCACAGACGAGUGUGGCUCAACAGUGAUUUUAACUUUGACAAUGUCCUCAUGGCCAUGAUGGCUUUGUUUACCGUGUCCACUUUUGAAGGCUGGCCUGCGUUACUUUACAAAGCCAUCGACUCCAACAGGGAGAAUCUCGGUCCCAUUUACAACUACCGUGUGGAAAUCUCCAUCUUCUUCAUCAUCUACAUCAUCAUCAUCGCCUUCUUUAUGAUGAACAUCUUCGUAGGUUUUGUCAUCGUCACAUUUCAGGAACAAGGAGAGAAAGAGUACAAAAACUGUGAACUUGACAAGAACCAGCGUCAGUGUGUGGAGUAUGCUCUUAAAGCACGUCCACUGAGGAGAUACAUCCCUAAGAACCCGUACCAAUACAAGUUCUGGUAUGUGGUGAACUCCACGGGGUUUGAGUACAUCAUGUUUGUGCUCAUCAUGCUCAACACACUCUGCCUGGCCGUACAGCAUUACGGCCAAUCAGCACUUUUUAAUUAUGUCAUGGACAUUCUCAAUAUGGUCUUCACUGCUGUGUUUACUGUGGAAAUGUUUCUCAAACUCAUCGCUUUCAAACCCAGGCACUAUUUUGCUGACGCUUGGAACACAUUUGAUGCCUUAAUUGUUGUCGGUAGCGUCGUCGAUAUAGCUAUCACUGAAGUUAAUAAACUUGUAGAGCCAACGGAGACUCCUCAGGUGGAUGAGAUGGGGAACACGGAGGACAGCGCUCGCAUUUCCAUCACCUUCUUUCGUUUGUUUCGAGUGAUGCGGCUGGUCAAACUCCUCAGCAGAGGGGAAGGAAUCCGCACUUUGCUAUGGACGUUCAUUAAGUCUUUCCAGGCUCUGCCAUAUGUUGCUCUUCUAAUAGCCAUGUUGUUCUUCAUCUAUGCCGUCAUUGGCAUGCAGGUGUUUGGAAAGAUCGCCAUGGUUGACGGCACGCAAAUCAACAGAAACAACAACUUCCAGACGUUCCCCCAGGCAGUCCUAUUGCUUUUUAGGUGUGCCACAGGCGAGGCAUGGCAAGAGAUUAUGUUGGCCUGUAUGCCAGGUAAACUGUGUGACCCAGAGUCUGACUACAACCUGGGGGAGGAGAUGACCUGUGGUAGUGGAUUUGCCAUAGUUUACUUUAUCACCUUCUACAUGCUCUGCGCUUUCUUGAUCAUCAAUUUGUUUGUGGCCGUCAUUAUGGACAACUUUGACUAUCUCACACGGGAUUGGUCUAUUCUUGGCCCUCACCAUCUUGACGAAUUCAAGAGAAUUUGGUCGGAGUACGAUCCUGAGGCAAAAGGCAGAAUUAAACAUCUGGAUGUUGUGACUCUUCUACGUCGGAUCCAGCCUCCCCUUGGUUUUGGCAAACUAUGUCCUCACAGGGUGGCCUGCAAGAGGCUGGUCGCCAUGAACAUGCCUCUGAACAGUGAUGGGACCGUCAUGUUUAACGCCACUUUGUUUGCUUUGGUGCGCACAGCUCUGAAAAUUAAAACAGAAGGUAAUCUAGAGCAGGCCAACGAAGAGCUGCGGGCGGUCAUCAAAAAAAUCUGGAAAAGAACCAGCAUGAAGCUGCUGGAUCAAGUGGUGCCCCCUGCUGGUGAUGAUGAGGUAACCGUGGGGAAGUUCUAUGCCACCUUCCUGAUACAGGACUACUUUAGGAAAUUCAAGAAACGUAAAGAGGAUGGCCUGGUGGGGGCUCACCCUUCCCAGAACAGCACAGCCAUUGCCUUACAGGUGAGUACUCGGGUGCAUCUGGCAGAAAGUAGUCUGUAAGCGUGAAAGGAACGGAAGAUUAAUGAA